CAGAAGAUGAGUAUCACAAGAUAUAAAGAAAAGACCCCAAGUCUUUUUUUACAGAAGUUGUUAAGUGUUUUAUUAACUGUGUGAAAUUUGUUUUUUUAAGGUCCUAAGAUUGAGAAGAAGAGUGGCGAUGGUGGUGGGAUGAGGAUUCGUCUCUCUCAAUUCACUACAGAGAAAACCUAGAAACUGGGUCUCCUUUCGUAGGAGAAGCAACACGGCCAAAGGGCUUGGAUAUGCCAUGAGUAUUGCUGAGGAGCUGAAAUUUGUCAAGGAUAUUGCUGAAACCACGGACUUUAUUGGUUAUGUAGAGGAAUAGUUUCAACGGGAGGAUACAACAACACGACAUGGAAAACUAUCCUAUAAGAUGUUAUUUCUUUAACGAUGACAUCGUGGGAGGAAUACUGUGAUCAGAUGCGAUAGUACAUCUGUACUUAUCAUUCAGUUUGGUAGCUUCCAUGGCUACAAAGGCAACACCAACGUCUCAAACGCGUACUAUAUCACUAAGUUGUUAAUCAAUGAUCGCAAUGAAGAGAUUGUUAAUUGUAGAAGGUGCUACGUCGUCGUUUUGUUGUGGGGGUUUGAAGAUGCACGCCAGGUGUUCGAUGAAUUGCUAGGGGAUUUUUUAGCGGUGAAGAUGAGUAAUCAGGUGGUGGAAGUACGGAGAGAUGAGCUGGCGGCAUGCAUGACUUGCCCUAUUUGUAAUAAGUUGUUUAGAGAUGCUACUACUAUCCCUGAAUGUCUUCAUACAUUCUGCAGGAGAUGUAUUCGUAAGAAGCUCACAGAUGAAGAACUUGAAUGUUGUCCAAUAUGCAAGAUUGAUCUUGGAUGUGUACCUUUGGAGAAACUGAGAGCGGACCAUAAUUUACAAGAUGUGAGGGCCAAAAUUUUCCCAUACAAACGGAGAAGAGUGAAGGCCCCUGAAGCAGCAGCUUCAGUUACACUACCAUUAAGACGUAAAGAGAGAUCUCUUUCAUCACUCGUAGUCAGCACUCCAAGAGUGUCAACGCAAACCACAUUGACCGGAAAAAGGUCAAAAGUCACCUCAAGGAAGAAAUCACGCGGGUCAAGUUUCUCUGUUGAGAAACGCCCCAAGAAAGAAGAUGAUUCCAUGGAAGAUUGUCAAGAAAGUUCCAGUUCACCCGAGACUUCAAACAGGGUUAAACACAACUCGAAGCAGAAUUCUUCAACCGAUGAAGAAAAAGAAAACGGUAAACCAUGGGAAGAAAAAGUCGACUGGAAACCGUUGAACGAUCUUGUCGAAGCAGCAAACCGGAGUAAAUCGUCAAAACAUACUGCUCAGGGAUCCGUUGUCAAAUCAGAACCAUCGUAUACCGUCAAGGUUGAUAAAAAUGUGCCCAAAUUCAAAGGAAAGGACCCGUUACAGAGAUCUAAAGUUCAAGAUGAUAGCCAUGAGGUUGAUGAUGCUGCUGAAUCGGUAAAACCUAAAAAGUUAAGAAGAAAACGCAAAAAGAAAGAUGGUGGGUUGGGGGAUUCGGGUGUUGGUACCGCUCAAAGUAUGGUGGUCGCUGGCGGCAGUAAUGGCGGCAGGGAGAAAAGAACAUAUCCUAUCUGGUUCCAGCUGGUGCCAUUUGAAGAACAGGAAGGGGAACCUUUGCGCCAGAUAGAAGGACGUUAUGUUAAAUUAAAUGAUGGAAAUGUACCCAUUUCAAUAAUCCAAAAGCUGGUGAUGAACAAACUGCAACUUCCAAGCGAACAUGAGGUUGAACUUAGAUGCAUGGGUCAGCCGGUGGGUCCCACCUUGCAGCUACGUAAUCUGAUGGAGCAAUGGCUGCAGGCUCACCCAGACACAAUAACGGCAAAUGUCGGUUCAUCUGCACAUGAAUUUGUCAUGGAAAUAUCAUAUGCCAAGAAGGCUCCGCCACCUGUCGUCCCGGCCCCACAAACUCCGUGAAUCACGAUGAUAUAUGAAGGGAAACCGGCUGCAUGAGAGUUUUAAAAUGUUGUCUUUAGUUUAUGAGAUUAUUAUAAGUUGAUAUUUGGUUAUUACUUUUGAGUGAAUUUUGUUGUUUAACUACUCUUUGGAUUUGUUGUUCAAGUUGUCGAAUUUUGUGAUUCAAGUUUCAUCUCUCGGUCAAUUGUUGUUCGAGUUGGUGACGAUGCGGAACACUUUUUCGACUA